AUGUCGACAAAAGAAAAUAGUUAUGUGCCUACUAGUGAUAGCAAAGAUGAUGAAUUGACUCCGUAUGAAGAUGAAGAUGAAGAUGAAGAAACUGUUGACGUCAAUGGGUUUCAGAUUCUUGUUUCACAAGAAAAACAGGUGAAGGAAAUGUUUGAAAAACGUCAAGAACUCACUUCAAAUUUCAAUUUCAAGAAUCAGCAGAUCAAGAAUGUUUUUAUGGAAGUCCUCCUUUACCUAAUCGAGACACUGAGCAAGUCGACAACAGAACUUUCCAUGGAAGUCCUAAACGAAGCAGAGAGUACGCUAUUUGAUCUUAUUAGAGCAGGCUUGAAUGUGGGUUGGUUGCGUCAGAAGUGGGAGGAAGCUUACUUGAAGAAGGAGAAACAGAGAGUUAGUGGGGCUCGGAUCAGAGAACUCGAGGAACAGGUCAAGAAGCGUAAGCUGACUUUGUCCGAUUUGGAAUCGGAUCUUAAGAAAGAGAAAGCUGCGGCUUUAGCUGCUAAAUCUCGAACUGGAUUGAUCGAUGUCGUUCGAAGGUCCUAG